AUUAGAAGCAAAAACUUGUUAAGAACUUUUUGAUAAGAAGUAUAAAUAGGAUUCGCAUUAAUGUUUAGCUAUCAGUUACAAUUCGACUCGUGAAGUUUUUAAAAUAAUGAUAAAGUUAGUAGCUAUUGUAUUCUUAUCUUUAGUAUCAAUUUCAAAAGGGCAACUUGAUCCAUUUGAAGUUUGUGUAGGUCAACCAGAUGGUACACUUGUAGGUGUAGGUCAAGACAUUUCAUGCACGGCUUAUUUUUAUUGUGAAAACGAAUACGGAUUCGAGGAAGACUGCGUGGAAGUUUAUCAAGAUGAGUUGGAGUUUAAUUAUGAGACUUUAGCAUGUGACUUUGCAGACGUUGUUGGAUGUGCAGCCUAUCAACCAGUAGAUCCGGUAGAUCCAGUAGAUCCAGUAGAUCCCGUAGACCCGGACCCACCACCUCCAGAGCCUGAAACAGAUCCCGAAACAGAUCCACCUGAAGUGUUACCUCCUGUUACGGAACCAACAGAAGCCCCACCACCUACGGAAUUACCUCCCAUAGACCCUUCAAUACCUGACAUUGAGUGCCCGACAAAUAGACCAGGCGAAAUUAUUUUCUUCGAAAGCUCCAAUUGCUCAGAAUACUUCAUUUGUUCGAAUGGAGUUCAAGCGAGAAUGUUGUGCAUGGAAGGAUUCACAUGGAACCAAGACGAAUUACAAUGUGAUUAUCCAAUUUUUUCAAGGUGUUCGUCAAACAUCGAGAUUGAUGGAAUGGACGUACGGUGUACAAGAACGGGUUUUUAUACGACGGCGUAUCCCAGAGACUGUACAAAAUUCGUAUUCUGUAGUCAGGGAAUUCCUAUGGUUCAAAAUUGUCCCAUUGGUUAUGCCUGGCAUUUAGAACGAUGUGUUGAGAGACAAUUUGCUUCAUGCCCCGAUUUAAGAAGAUUAUUAUAAUUUUUUUUAAUUAUCUUAUCAUAUCUUGUUUUGAUUAAGAAAAAAUUUGGAACAAGUAAAUAAAUUUAAAGUAUUGUGAUU